AUGGCCCUCGCUCGGGCUUUCACCAAGCGCAACAAGCGAAGUGGUGAUCAAGCAUCUAUGCAACGUGGCACAAGUGUCAGGUAUCCCCCCGGAACAAUCAAUCGCAGUCUCAUCUCUCUUCCAACAGAGCUGAUUUCUACAACCAAUGUUCAAGCCUUGACUGCUCCAGACAUUCGAAGUGUUUCCGGUGCAUCUUCUAUGGGCUCACUCGGCUCUGGAAUGGAGUCGGAUUUCUCGACUAUCGACAGAAGUUUUCUCAACAACACUGGUAGUGACACCUCAUCGGUUGACAGCAGUGGCCCAGCAACCCCUGUGACACCUGCAAACGAUGAAAUGAAAUCAUUCUUUGAUUCCAAGCAGCCCGCCUCCGUUGUUCCAGCUCUUGCUUCACCUUCAGCUAUCGACACGCCAACAGUACCACAGCGUGCUCCCUCUCACUCCAAAAAGGCACACGUCGAGUUGUCCAAGAAGCGAUCGAUUCAACGCAUGUCCCCUCCUCCCACAUCCAUCACUAAGCCCACGGUCCGCAACAGUACUGAUAUCUUCAACAAGCCUGCAGACCCGAAUCAUCCCUUUGGUCGGGAACUCGCACAAGUAAAUGAGAUUGCGGAAGAGUUUGGUGCUACAGCUCGAUUAUUGGAUGAAGAAGAGCAGGAUAUCAUGAGCAAAGGGCUAUGCAAAUUCGGAGUGGAGGAUUACCUGGAUGAAAUAGCCGGCCUCUAUGGUGGUAUCUUCGAGGACCAACUUACGUCACUGGCAAAGCCGUGGAUCUGA